CUACUGACCGGCUGAAGACACAGCAGGCACACAACAGAUGCACACAAAGCUAUAGCAAUGGCACUUAUAAGCGCGGCCACAUCUUGUUGGAAGGCAGCACCUGAGGUUCACCCCAGUGUAUGGGGUGAUUUCUUUAUCAACUACAUCCCUGAACCGCUGCAGAUUUCAGAUGAAGAGAUGUUAGACAGAGUCAAUCAAUUGAAAGGGGAAGUAAGUGGUCUAUUUGAGGCUUGCAAGAAUGUCGUGGAAAAAAUGGACCUCGUAGAUGUGCUGCAACAUUUGGGGAUAGAUCACCAUUUCAAGGAACAAAUAGCCACCACCUUAAGCAGUAUCCACAGGGGUGAAUUCAACAGCUCAAGCCUUCAUGAGGUUGCCCUUCGUUUUCGCUUGCUUAGGCAGCAUGGGUUUUGGGUUUCAGCAGGUGAAUUUAACAAGUUCAAGCAUGAAGAUGGGAGCUUUAUUAAUGACAUAACUAACGAUCCGAAGGGCUUGUUAAGUUUAUACAACGCAGCUAACCUUUUAACGCACGACGAGGGUGCACUUGAAGAAGCCCUUCUAUUUGCAAGGCGCCAUCUGGAAUUGAUGAAAAGUAGUCUCAAAUCCCCUUUAGCAGAGCAAGUGGAGCGUGCCCUUAAAAUACCAUUACCAAGGACCUUAAAGAGGGUAGAAGCAGUCUCUUAUAUCCCAGAGUACAGUGGAGAGCAAAGGUACAACCCAGCCAUACUGGAGCUUGCCAAGCUAGAUUUUAACCUCCUGCAGCGUCUUCACCAAAAGGAACUCAAGACAAUUUCUCAGUGGUGGAAGGAUCUUUCUGAAGACAUUAAACUAGAAUAUGUGAGGGACCGAAUCGUUGAGUGUUACUUUUGGGCUUAUAGUGUGUACUACGAGCAAGAGUAUGCACGUGCACGGAUGAUCCUCGCCAGGUUAUUCGUGCUAACAUCUUUGUUAGAUGACACAUAUGAUGAUCAUGCUACUUUGGAGGAGUGUCGGGAGCUCACCAAGGCUAUAGAAAGAUGGGACGAAAGUGAUAUUUCUCUUUUACCUGAAUACAUUAAGAAAUUAUUUCUCAAGGUGAUAAGAAACUUCAAGGAAUUUGAGGAUGAGUUGGAAGCACAUGAGAAGUACCGCAUUGCUUAUGCUAGGAAAGGGUUCCAGCUUAUAUCCAAAAGUUAUCUCCAAGAAGCGGAAUGGUCUCAUCACAAUUACAUACCAAGCUUCAAUGAUCAUGUGAAUGUAUCCACCAUAUCAGCAGGUGCUCAAUUGUUGUGCGUGGGGCUGCUUGUUGGCAUGGGAGAUGUUGCAACCAAGGAGGCAUUUGAGUGGACCAUUGGUAACAAUGAUGCCAUAAGAGCAUGUGCAGAGGUGUUCCGCUUCAUGGAUGACAUGGCGGAUUUUAAGAGAGGAAGGAACAAAAUGGAUGUAGCCACAUCUGUGGAGUGCUACAUCAAGGAGCACAAUGUCAGUGCCGAGGUUGCCCUGGCCAAGUUUGGUUCCUUUGUUGAUGAUGCAUGGAAAACACUAAAUCAUGCAAUAUUUGAACAUCAUGCUCUACUUCCGGUUCUACAACGAGUCACAAACUUAGCAAUGAGCAUGAUGCUAGUUUUCCUCGACCAGAGAGAUGGUUAUACAAACAGCAAGGAACUUAAAGAGACCUUGAAGAGCCAAUUCGUCAAGCAUGUUCCCCUCUAAUAUAAUACCAGUGGAUGAUGGCAUCAACAAUUAUGAACAUUUAGGAGUGAGGCAUGCACCAUCAGAUAAUCUGUCAGCUUGGCACCUAUGCACUAUUUUCAUAAAAAAGUAUUGUUCUUCUGAGUAUUGCUUGCGGAAAUCCAAUAUUGUCAGUGUUGUGUGGGAUAGGUAUAAGAUAUUGAGCAUGAUAAGUAUGAUUAUAAUGUUGUCAUGUUUGUAUGCGAAUGUGGUUGAAAUUUUCCUCAAUAAGUAAAAAUAGAUGGAAUAUUUAUUGUUAUAGCA